AUGUCGUCGUCUUCGUCAGGAGGGCCAGCGCUUCCCGAAGGCAGGAAAGGAAAGACAAAAGGGCCUAGCUUAUAUGAAGUCCUGGGUAUCCGGAAAGAUGCAUCUGAGGAUGACAUCAAGCGUGCAUAUAGGAAGCUUGCCCUGAAGUCAAAAGGGCCUAGCUUAUAUGAAGUCCUGGGUAUCCGGAAAGAUGCAUCUGAGGAUGAUAUCAAGCGUGCAUAUAGGAAGCUUGCCCUGAAGUACCAUCCGGACAAGAACCUUGAGGGCAGUCCGGAAAAAACUGAGCGUUUCAAAGAAAUAAACCAUGCGCACGCGGUCCUUUCGGUCCCAUCCAGGCGAAAAAUGUAUGACGAAUACGGUGAAAUGGGUCUUAAACUGAUGCAGCAGUUCGGAGACGACGACGCUAUGAUCAGUCUCGCUUUCAAGCCCUGGUUUAAGUGGAUGUUUAUUAUCUGCGGUCUUUCAACAUGCUGCUGUUUCUUCUGCUGCUGCGGAUGCUUUUUCUGCUGUAACUGCUGCUGUAACUUUUGCUGUGGCAAAUAUAAACCGAAAGGUUUUGAUGAGGAUGAAAACGAGGAAGCAGAUGUGGGACCGGAAUCGAAUGGGGAAAUUCCUGUUAUUGUGGAUCAACCUGAUGAUGUAGUUAGACUCCCUACGCCGGCGGAAGGUUAUGAAAACAUGACGUUUGCAGGGGCUCCUUUGAAGAUAACUGUUGUAAAAUCAUCUUCUACAUCACAGGCGGUAAACUGUGGGGAUGAUGCGAUGGGUCCUCAUUGA